AUGCUCUGUUUGGCACAGUGGGCACUACUGUUGGUGUUGUGUCUGGUUGGUUGUUGCUGCACCGUGAGUGGAGGAUCAGAAGUUUUGGCCGUAGACAUUGGAGCUGACUGGGCGAAGGGUGCCACACGUGUGAUUGGAGGCAGCACCGCCCCGCGGGCCAGCAUAGUACUCAAUGAUCAGACAAACCGUAAGAGCCCACAAUGUAUCGCCUUUCGUAUUGUGCCCAACGCCGGAAACGACACGUUGCGCAGCGUCGAGCGCUUAUUUGCAGAGGAGGCUCGUUCUUUGGAACCACGCUUCCCCCAGCAGUCCAUUUGCGGCCCUUCGCUACUCGCAGGACUGAUCGUUUCGAAGGAAAUCUCUGCGGGACAGAAACAUCACGAACAAACAGGUAAUCAAAGGUCGGAACGUGAAGGUGUCAUCUCUUUUAGUGAUACCGAUAGGUUUACGUAUGUGGUUGUGCCGCAAAUUCGCCGCAAGUCUGCGGUGGUUCGUAUCACUCCGGGUGGUAGCAGCGAAGGUACAACCACCGCACCAAUAGAGUUCACUGUGGAGGAGUUGAUUGGAAUGAUUUUGGGACACAUGAAACGGUCUGCGGAACGUUCGCUGGAUGGUGCGCCGGUGCGACACCUUGUGUUGGUUGUGCCGACCUCCUCCAGUUUGGCGUACCGUCAAGCCAUGGUUGACGCUGCUGCCGUGGUGGGUUUGCGAACUAUCCGCCUCGUGCAUGGUUCUGCAGCAGCGGCAACGCAGCUUGCACACCUCAAUACAGAGACUUUAUUUCGUGGUCAUCCCUCCAACACAACUGAGAGAAAAUAUGCAAUGAUAUACGACAUGGGUAGUUCCAAAACCGAGGUGGCCGUGUUUCGUUUUACCCCUGCUACCGCACGUGACGACUUUGGGACAGUUACUCUGGUGGCUUCCGCUACAAACCAUACGCUAGGAGGCAGGUCGUUCGACCGCUGUCUUGCACGUUAUGUGGAGAGAAAUUUGUUCCCCGCCGCGAAGCCAACACCGGUCACGCCAGUACUAGACAGAAAACCGGUUACAGCCACCACUCGGCGCGCAGUGGUUAGCCUGCUACGCGCCGUCAACGCGGCGAGGGAGCGGUUGUCGGUAAAUCAAAAUGUUCCUUUUGUUGUGCCCGGCGUUCGUGAAGACGGGGGCGACUUCAUCGCAAAUAUUUCUCGUGCGCAGUUCGAAGAAGCCUGUGGUGAAUUGUUUAACGAGGCAGUACGGCUUCGUGACCACGCCAUUACGCAGACGAAUGGUACGGUGCGGUCACUCAAUGAGUUGGUGCGCCUUGAACUAAUUGGUGGUGCCACACGUAUGCCAAAACUGCAGGAACGGUUGAGUGAAGGUUACGGUAAACCGGCGGAUAGAACUCUUAACAGUGAUGAGGCAGUUGUCUCAGGAGCGGCACUGAUGAUCCACGACACCCUCAGCCGAAUUCGCGUUAUGGAGUCCUUGACAAAUGAUAUCUACUUCACUGCUUCACCCCCGAUUAAGGAAUCAAAUGAAACCAAGCCUCAUCGUAACCUUCUGUUCGCCAAGCGGAACACCACCGUUCCGGCAGCCCGGUCGCUAAUAUUUCCAAACCGCACAGCCGACUUCACACUAACGCUUCAUGACGGUAACGGACGCUACUCGCGUUCUGUGCUAGUGAGUGGUGUGAGUGGGAGCAUGAAUGCUGCGCGCGAGAAGGAAAAGGAAAUGAGUACCGAAAGAGCGAACAAAGUUACCAAAACUUCUGUGGUCCUCCGCCAGGUAGAGGUGGUGGUGGAGGUGGUGCUCAGUAGAAGCGGGCUGCCCUAUGUGGCCGGUUCGUACGUCCACGCUAGAUACGCGGAGCAGGUGACUGUGCUACCUUCGGUGAAAAAGACUGGGGAUAACGAAACUACGGCACAAAAGGACGAGAACAACAAUCCGUCUCAAAACGAAACUGACACGACGAGUACCAUUAGCCCCGGGAGGGAAAAGAGAAGUGGGGGUUCUCCGUCUGCAGCAAACUCUAAUAGCGCGAAAAUGCAAAACUCCAGAGCAGAUGAAGCAAAAGAGAAUGAGACCCCAACCGGUGACGAAAUCCUGGAAGUCAAUGAGAGGGAUGCAGGAACUGGUGGGAAGAAUAACAAUGCAAAAGUGAGGCAUUUUGCACUUCGCUUUCCGUUGAACAACACUCCAGCACCUUCCUCAACUUCGCAAGGCGGUGUGAACAUGAACAAAGAGGAGGCCCUUGCAGCGCGGAACCGCCUUCGUGCACUUCAGCGCCUUGACGACGAGCGGUUGCGGCGUAGUGGUCUGCUUAAUGACGUCGAGUCCCUGCUCCUUCAUUACAAGUCCCUUGAUGCCUGGUCUGCGCAGCAAAGCGAUGAUAACUCGAAUGACUGGCGGUCCGUUGUGAAGGACGUAUCACGGUGGUUUGAAGAAGUUGGGGGCGACGUUAACGUGACAGAGUUGCAGAAGCAAUAUCAACGUCUGAAGGACCUAAAGCUCGGUGAGUGA